AUAAUUAUUAUAGAUAUUAUUCUUAUUAUUGUUAUUAUUGUUAUUAUUAUUACUAUGAUGAAAAAAGAAAUAAGUUGUUAUGGUUUUGAUAGGAAUGUGUUUAAUAAUAAUGAUAUAAAACAUAUAAAUAAAAUAAAAGAAGAAAAAUUUACAAAUAAGAAUAUAUAUAAAAUAUUAUAUAAUGAUAAUAGAAAGAAGGAUACAUGUAAAUAUGAUUAUAAUUUUUAUAAUAAUAAAUAUAUUGAAUUAAAGAAAGGUCAUAAAAAAUAUGGGUUAAUAAAUCAAAGGCAUAUAAUUAAUUAUGAAAAAGGAUAUUAUUCAGACAAUGAAAUAAAUUAUGAUAAUAUAAAUAAUAUAAUAUAUAAAAUAUAUAACAAUAAUAAUAAUAAAAUGUAUACACAACAUCAUAGUAAUAAUAAUAACAAUAAUAAGAAUAAUAUCUAUAAUAAUUAUUGGAAUAAUAAAAAAAAUAGUAAAAAAUUUCUCCAUUUAAAAAGAAGUUUUUCUGUAAGUUCAAAUAUUGCAGAUUAUUUUUAUGAUACAAAUAUAAUGCAUCUAAAAAAUAAUUGUGAAUCUAGUCAUAGUUCAUCAAGUAGUAUGGAUGAUAUGACAUAUGAAAAAAAUAUUUUUGAGGAUAAGAAAAUGGACAUAAUUAAAUAUUUUAUUAAUGAUAAUAUAUAUAAAAAUUUUAUAGUACAAGAAAAUAAUAUAAAUAAUAAUGUAAUUAAUAAUAUAGUAAGACAUAUUAAUGAGUUAAGAAAUGAUAAUGAUAAGAAUUAUAAAAAUACCUAUAUGAACGAAUUAAAUAAUUUGAAAUAUAUGAAAAAUGAUAUAUAUUCUACAAAAAAUUAUAUAAACAAAACAAAUGAAUUAUUAAAAUUAUAUUCGAAUGAUAAAUUAAAUGUUCUACAAUAUUAUGAUGAAAAUUUUAAAGAAAGAAAAAAUAACGAAAAUGAUUGGAGUGAAUAUGCUCAAAAAUCUUCUAUUGAUGAAGUUCAUAAUAUACGUUAUGAAUCUAAAAUGUAUAAUGUGAACUUUUGUAUUAAAAAAUAUUUAAGUAAUAUGAAACAAAAAAAAAAAAAAAAACCUAACAAUGUGACAGGGGAUAUAUAUUAG